AUGGCUCUGUUCCGGCCUACCCAGUUGCAGCAAGAUUCUAGUAGCCGAGACCACUUGGAACAAUGUUACAGCAUAGAGCAGACAUCUUUGAAUAGUCUCCUGGCAGAACUGCAGACGCCAGAGGAUGCCCAAGGGAUUGUACUACGUAGGUACAAGGAGUGCGCAACAGGACUCCACUCAGGGGAGUGCGAUGAAUUGAGUACUUCAAGACAAACGUUGUCUGCAUGGUAUCGCAACGAAUCAACCACACGUUGGUCGAAUCCAGCCAAACAAGCUUUCGAUAAUGCUGUCGAGGUGCUCAAGAAGGAGAUGACGCCUAGUGAUUGCGAUCUUAUCUGGCUGCGUGGGAAGAACUCUAUGGAAGAUGUUCAAAACGCACUGUUCGAGGCAAGGGCAAAGUACCAAAGCCACUCCGGAAAGAGCAAAGUCAGAUCGAUUUUAGCAAGUUGCUCGUCAAGAGUUGUCUACUACGCGCCCGUUUUUGACACCCUUUCACAACAUUAUCCUGAGUAUGUGUCCCUUGCCUGGGGCGCCUUCAAGUUCUUCUUCACGGGAAUCCGUAGGCUGAUCAUCCAGGCCAUCAUAAAUCAUGAAGAGCUUCUGGCAGAGUUUGCUCGCGCAAUUGCCAAUAUAGCGAACGUGCUGCCCAGGACCAAGUUUUUAUGCGAACUAUAUCCGACCAAGGAGAUGCAAGAAGCAAUUGCAAGUGUGUACACUAAAAUUCUUGACUUCGUCCUUGAGUCGGUCAAGUGGUAUAAAAAGUCAAAGUUACAGCACGCCCUCUCAGCUGUCGUCAGCCCAUACAAACUGAGUUUCAAGAAUAUAGUAGACGAGAUCGCAGAGCGGUCGAGAUGCGUCGAUGAUCUCGCAAAUGCAGCAUUCAAGGCGGAGCUGCGCGAUGUACAUCUAGAGGUAAGAACACUCAGAUCAGAGAUGUCAUACAUGCAAAAUCACUUUCUUUCGAUGAACCAAACGCUAGUGGAAAACCAGAUGAUUCAGAGGCAAAUGACAAUACAUCAACGCCAGCAAAAUAUGCUACUUUUGGAGUGGCAAAUUGGCAACUUGCGUCAGAUUCUGGAGUCUUCUGACUCUGAAUACGGAAAUGCCGAACAAAUGCUGGGCUUUGGCCGGUCGUUGAGGAAUCGUAGACGAUUGCGAACGCCAACGCAUAUGCCCCAUAGCGAGAUACCAAAGCUUGAGGCGUGGGCUUCGAGCCAACAAUCCACAUUACUCAUCGCACAGGGGCAUGGGAUCAAAAAUAGCCCAAUGGACUUCGCGGUCGAUUUUCUAGAUGUUGUCAUUGACGCACAGGCACCAGCAGUGUGGGCGUUGCCUGCAGGGUCCGACCACACCCCGACACUUACAGAUAUUGUACAGUCCCUAGUCCUGCAAACACUUCUUUUGCUAGGCCGUACGACAGGAAGCACUGCUGAGCCGCUUUCUGUGUCGAUACAAGACCUCAGUAGCGCAUCUUCUACCUCAGACUGGUUCACUAUAUUAGAUAGAUGUUUUCGAUGUGUACAAAGAGUAUUUGUCGUGGUCGACACAGGCUUGAUACAUGCGGCAUGCAGAAUUGAGGACAAUAGAAUGGUUGACAUGGACGCAGAUCGUUUCGUGAGAAGGUUAGGCGCUAUUAUGACGUCGAGAACGCAGGGUUGGGUUAAGGUGAUGAUGGUCUCGUGGUCGUCGGAUGUGUUUGAGAAGGCUGAGGCGGAGCUCUCCAUUGAUAUCCUCCAGAUUGUCACUGACAGGGGUGCCGCUCAGGAACGGAAGCUUUGGAAUCCUAGACUGAAGGCAAUGGCGAGGCGGCAUUCGAGAAUGUCGAUGUACCAUUUCAGACAGGCAGUGGGACGGUCUGAUUGGGAUCACACUUGA